AUGUCCACCACAACCACUACCGUAGUGGAGACUACCGCUCCAAAGCUGCACGUCACCAGCCUUGACGACUCGGCACUUGAUACCUACAACGACUGGCGCGAUGACUUUUUCAGAGACGGCUACGUUGUCUUGAAAGGAGCUAUACCGAAAGAUCGUGCCGAAGGUUACCGUCACAAGGCGUUGGAGUGGAUCACGAGCUUCGACAAAGGGCUCGAUCUCAACGACCGAUCGACCUGGACACAAGAUCAUCUUCCCCAGAGCUUCAAGGCAGGCAUGUACCUCAACUACUGCGCUGCUCAUGAGAAGUACGUCUGGGAUGCACGACAAGAGCCAGGUGUUCUUGAAGCAUUUGAAAAGAUCUGGGGAACUGACAAGCUCGUCGUUUCUUAUGACACUGUCAACAUCACAUUCCCAGGCCGCAAAGAUGUCAGCUGGUCUCCUUGGCCACACGUUGACCAGGCCCCAGAGCGCAAGGGUUUGUCCUGUGUUCAGGGCAUCAUCAACCUUUCGGACGCCGGCCCCAAGGACGGCGGUCUGGUGCUCAUGAGAGGAUCUUCUAAGUUGUUCAACCAAUUCUUCUCUCUCAACCCCCCGGACAGAACUCAGGGAAUUGGUGCCAAGCACUACGACUUUUACCCUUUCAAGGAUCAUCACGUAGACUGGUACAAGGAGCAGGGCUGUGAGAUCAUCAAGGUCUGCGCAGAACCCGGUGACUUGAUCCUAUGGGACAGCCGAAGCAUGCACUAUGCGGCGUUCCCCGAGUCGGACAUUAUCAGGACCAUUAUUUAUGCCUGCUUCACCCCAGCAUCGUUCAUGCUGGAGGAAGACCGCCAGAAGAAGAUUGAGAUCUUCAAGCGUUGGGAGGCGACCACACACUGGCCGCACUGCAAUCUUUACUCUCACGGCAAGGCCAAGAUAGAUGGCGUUGUUGAUCCGUGUGAGAGGGAUGAACCACUCGAGAAGCCCGAACUCACGCAGAAGCUACUGCGACUUGCGGGUGUUGAAAAGUACGAUUGA